UCUCUUUCCCUCCUCUUCUUCCCAUCCAUUUUCUCAGUCUCUUUCCCUCCUCUUCUUCCCAUCCAUUUGCUCAAUCUCUUUCCCUCCUCUUCUUCCCAUCCAUGUUCUCAGUCUCUUUCCCUCCUCUUCUUCCCAUCCAUUUGCUCAAUCUCUUUCCCUCCUCUUCUUUCCAUCCAUUUUCUCAAUCUCUUUCCCUCCUCUUCUUCCCAUCCAUGUUCUCAAUCUCUUUCCCUCCUCUUCUUCCCAUCCAUUUUCUCAAUCUCUUUCCCUCCUCUUCUUCCCAUCCAUUUUCUCAGUCUCUUUCCUUCCUCUUCUUCCCAUCCAUUUGCUCAAUCUCUUUCCCUCCUCUUCUUUCCAUCAAUUUUCUCAAUCUCUUUCCCUCCUCUUCUUCCCAUCCAUGUUCUCAAUCUCUUUCCCUCCUCAUCUUACCAUCCAUUUUCUCAAUCUCUUUCCCUCCUCUUCUUCCCAUCCUUUUGCUGAGUCUCUUUCCCUCCUCUUCUUCCCAUCCAUUUUCUCAGUCUCUUUCCCUCCUCUUCAUCCCAUCCAUUUGCUCAAUCUCUUUCCCUCCUCUUCUUCCUAUCCAUGUUCUCAGUCUCUUUCCCUCCUCUUCUUCCCAUCCAUUUGCUCAAUCUCUUUCCCUCCUCUUCUUUCCAUCCAUUUUCUCAAUCUCUUUCCCUCCUCUUCUUCCCAUCCAUGUUCUCAAUCUCUUUCCCUCCUCUUCUUCCCAUCCAUUUUCUCAAUCUCUUUCCCUCCUCUUCUUCCCAUCCAUUUUCUCAGUCUCUUUCUCUCCUCUUCUUCCCAUCCAUUUGCUCAAUCUCUUUCCCUCCUCUUCUUUCCAUCCAUUUUCUCAAUCUCUUUCUCUCCUCUUCUUCCCAUCCAUUUUCUCAGUCUCUUUCCCUCCUCUUCUUUCCAUCCAUUUGCUCAGUCUCUUUCCCUCCUCUUCUUCCCAUCCAUUUGCUCAGUCUCUUUCCCUCCUCUUCUUUCCAUCCAUUUUCUCAGUCUCUUUCCCUCCUCUUCUUCCCAUCCAUUUGCUCAGUCUCUUUCCCUCCUCUUCUUCCCAUCCAUUUUCUCAGUCUCUUUCCCUCCUCUUCUUCCCAUCCAUUUUCUCAGUCUCUUUCCCUCCUCUUCUUCCCAUCCAUUUUCUCAGUCUCUUUCCCUCCUCUUCUUCCCAUCCAUUUUCUCAGUCUCUUUCCCUCCUCUUCUUCCCAUCCAUUUGCUCAAUCUCUUUCCCUCCUCUUCUUUCCAUCCAUUUUCUCAAUCUCUUUCCCUCCUCAUCUUCCCAUCCAUGUUCUCAAUCUCUUUCCCUCCUCUUCUUCCCAUCCAUUUUCUCAGUCUCUUUCCCUCCUCUUCUUCCCAUCCAUUUUCUCAGUCUCUUUCCCUCCUCUUCUUCCCAUCCAUUUUCUCAGUCUCUUUCCCUCCUCUUCUUCCCAUCCAUUUGCUCAAUCUCUUUCCCUCCUCUUCUUCCCAUCCAUGUUCUCAGUCUCUUUCCCUCCUCUUCUUCCCAUCCAUUUGCUCAAUCUCUUUCCCUCCUCUUCUUCCCAUCCAUUUUCUCAAUCUCUUUCCCUCCUCUUCUUCCCAUCCAUGUUCUCAAUCUCUUUCCCUCCUCUUCUUCCCAUCCAUUUUCUCAGUCUCUUUCCCUCCUCUUCUUCCCAUCCAUUUUCUCAGUCUCUUUCCUUCCUCUUCUUCCCAUCCAUUUGCUCAAUCUCUUUCCCUCCUCUUCUUUCCAUCCAUUUUCUCAAUCUCUUUCCCUCCUCUUCUUACCAUCCAUUUUCUCAAUCUCUUUCCCUCCUCUUCUUCCCAUCCUUUUGCUGAGUCUCUUUCCCUCCUCUUCUUCCCAUCCAUUUUCUCAGUCUCUUUCCCUCCUCUUCAUCCCAUCCAUUUGCUCAAUCUCUUUCCCUCCUCUUCUUCCUAUCCAUGUUCUCAGUCUCUUUCCCUCCUCUUCUUCCCAUCCAUUUGCUCAAUCUCUUUCCCUCCUCUUCUUUCCAUCCAUUUUCUCAAUCUCUUUCCCUCCUCUUCUUCCCAUCCAUGUUCUCAAUCUCUUUCCCUCCUCUUCUUCCCAUCCAUUUUCUCAAUCUCUUUCCCUCCUCUUCUUCCCAUCCAUUUUCUCAGUCUCUUUCCCUCCUCUUCUUCCCAUCCAUUUGCUCAAUCUCUUUCCCUCCUCUUCUUUCCAUCCAUUUUCUCAAUCUCUUUCUCUCCUCUUCUUCCCAUCCAUUUUCUCAGUCUCUUUCCCUCCUCUUCUUCCCAUCCAUUUUCUCAGUCUCUUUCCCUCCUCUUCUUCCCAUCCAUUUGCUCAGUCUCUUUCCCUCCUCUUCUUUCCAUCCAUUUUCUCAGUCUCUUUCCCUCCUCUUCUUCCCAUCCAUUUGCUCAGUCUCUUUCCCUCCUCUUCUUCCCAUCCAUUUUCUCAGUCUCUUUCCCUCCUCUUCUUCCCAUCCAUUUUCUCAGUCUCUUUCCCUCCUCUUCUUCCCAUCCAUUUUCUCAGUCUCUUUCCCUCCUCUUCUUCCCAUCCAUUUUCUCGGUCUCUUUCCCUCCUCUUCUUCCCAUCCAUUUUCUCAGUCUCUUUCCCUCCUCUUCUUCCCAUCCAUUUUCUCAGUCUCUUUCCCUCCUCUUCUUCCCAUCCAUUUGCUCAGUCUCUUUCCCUCCUCUUCUUCCCAUCCAUUUUCUCAGUCUCUUUCCCUCCUCUUCAUCCCAUCCAUUUGCUCAAUCUCUUUCCCUCCUCUUCUUCCUAUCCAUGUUCUUAGUCUCUUUCCCUCCUCUUCUUCCCAUCCAUUUGCUCAAUCUCUUUCCCUCCUCUUCUUUCCAUCCAUUUUCUCAAUCUCUUUCCCUCCUCUUCUUCCCAUCCAUUUUCUCAAUCUCUUUCCCUCCUCUUCUUCCCAUCCAUUUUCUCAGUCUCUUUCCCUCCUCUUCUUCCCAUCCAUUUGCUCAAUCUCUUUCCCUCCUCUUCUUUCCAUCCAUUUUCUCAAUCUCUUUCUCUCCUCUUCUUCCCAUCCAUUUUCUCAGUCUCUUUCCCUCCUCUUCUUCCCAUCCAUUUUCUCAGUCUCUUUCCCUCCUCUUCUUCCCAUCCAUUUGCUCAGUCUCUUUCCCUCCUCUUCUUCCCAUCCAUUUUCUCAGUCUCUUUCCCUCCUCUUCUUCCCAUCCAUUUUCUCAGUCUCUUUCCCUCCUCUUCUUCCCAUCCAUUUUCUCAGUCUCUUUCCCUCCUCUUCUUCCCAUCCAUUUUCUCAAUCUCUUUCCCUCCUCUUCUUCCCAUCCAUUUUCUCAGUCUCUUUCCCUCCUCUUCUUCCCAUCCAUUUGCUCAAUCUCUUUCCCUCCUCUUCUUUCCAUCCAUUUUCUCAAUCUCUUUCCCUCCUCUUCUUCCCAUCCAUGUUCUCAAUCUCUUUCCCUCCUCUUCUUCCCAUCCAUUUUCUCAGUCUCUUUCCCUCCUCUUCUUCCCAUCCAUUUUCUCAGUCUCUUUCCCUCCUCUUCUUCCCAUCUAUUUUCUCAGUCUCUUUCCCUCCUCUUCUUCCCAUCCAUUUGCUCAAUCUCUUUCCCUCCUCUUCUUCCCAUCCAUGUUCUCAGUCUCUUUCCCUCCUCUUCUUCCCAUCCAUUUGCUCAAUCUCUUUCCCUCCUCUUCUUUCCAUCCAUUUUCUCAAUCUCUUUCCCUCCUCUUCUUCCCAUCCAUUUUCUCAAUCUCUUUCCCUCCUCUUCUUCCCAUCCAUUUUCUCAAUCUCUUUCCCUCCUCUUCUUCCCAUCCAUUUUCUCAGUCUCUUUCCCUCCUCUUCUUCCCAUCCAUUUGCUCAAUCUCUUUCCCUCCUCUUCUUUCCAUCCAUUUUCUCAAUCUCUUUCCCUCCUCUUCUUCCCAUCCAUGUUCUCAAUCUCUUUCCCUCCUCUUCUUACCAUCAAUUUUCUCAGUCUCUUUCCCUCCUCUUCUUCCCAUCCUUUUGCUGAGUCUCUUUCCCUCCUCUUCUUCCCAUCCAUUUUCUCAGUCUCUUUCCCUCCUCUUCAUCCCAUCCAUUUGCUCAAUCUCUUUCCCUCCUCUUCUUCCCAUCCAUGUUCUCAGUCUCUUUCCCUCCUCUUCUUCCCAUCCAUUUGCUCAAUCUCUUUCCCUCCUCUUCUUUCCAUCCAUUUUCUCAAUCUCUUUCCCUCCUCUUCUUCCCAUCCAUGUUCUCAAUCUCUUUCCCUCCUCUUCUUCCCAUCCAUUUUCUCAAUCUCUUUCCCUCCUCUUCUUCCCAUCCAUUUUCUCAGUCUCUUUCCCUCCUCUUCUUCCCAUCCAUUUGCUCAAUCUCUUUCCCUCCUCUUCUUUCCAUCCAUUUUCUCAAUCUCUUUCCCUCCUCUUCUUCCCAUCCAUGUUCUCAAUCUGUUUCCCUCCUCUUCUUUCCAUCCAUUUUCUCAGUCUCUUUCCCUCCUCUUCUUCCCAUCCAUUUUCUCAAUCUCUUUCCCUCCUCUUCUUUCCAUCCAUUUUCUCAAUCUCUUUCCCUCCUCUUCUUCCCAUCCAUGUUCUCAAUCUCUUUCCCUCUUCUUCCCAUCCAUUUUCUCAGUCUCUUUCCCUCCUCUUCUUCCCAUCCAUUUUCUCAGUCUCUUUCCCUCCUCUUCUUCCCAUCCAUUUUCUCAGUCUCUUUCCCUCCUCUUCAUCCCAUCCAUUUGCUCAAUCUCUUUCCCUCCUCUUCUUCCCAUCCAUGUUCUCAGUCUCUUUCCCUCCUCUUCUUCCUAUCCAUUUUCUCAAUCUCUUUCCCUCCUCUUCUUCCUAUCCAUUUGCUCAAUCUCUUUCCCUCCUCUUCUUCCCAUCCAUGUUCUCAAUCUCUUUCCCUCCUCUUCUUCCCAUCCAUGUUCUCAAUCUCUUUCCCUCCUCUUCUUCCCAUCCAUUUUCUCAAUCUCUUUCCCUCCUCUUCUUCCCAUCCAUUUUCUCAGUCUCUUUCCCUCCUCUUCUUCCCAUCCAUUUGCUCAAUCUCUUUCCCUCCUCUUCUUCCCAUCCAUGUUCUCAGUCUCUUUCCCUCCUCUUCUUCCCAUCCAUUUGCUCAAUCUCUUUCCCUCCUCUUCUUUCUAUCCAUUUUCUCAAUCUCUUUCCCUCCUCUUCUUCCCAUCCAUGUUCUCAAUCUCUUUCCCUCCUCUUCUUCCCAUCCAUUUUCUCAAUCUCUUUCCCUCCUCUUCUUCCCAUCCAUUUUCUCAGUCUCUUUCCCUCCUCUUCUUCCCAUCCAUUUGCUCAAUCUCUUUCCCUCCUCUUCUUUCCAUCCAUUUUCUAAAUCUCUUUCCCUCCUCUUCUUCCCAUCCAUUUUCUCAGUCUCUUUCCCUCCUCUUCUUCCCAUCCAUUUUCUCAGUCUCUUUCCCUCCUCUUCUUCCCAUCCAUUUUCUCAGUCUCUUUCCCUCCUCUUCUUCCCAUCCAUUUUCUCAGUCUCUUUCCCUCCUCUUCUUCCCAUCCAUUUGCUCCGUCUCUUUCCCUCCUCUUCUUUCCAUCCAUUUUCUCAGUCUCUUUACCUCCUCUUCUUCCCAUCCAUUUGCUCAGUCUCUUUCCCUCCUCUUCUUCCCAUCCAUUUUCUCAGUCUCUUUCCCUCCUCUUCUUCCCAUCCAUUUUCUCAGUCUCUUUCCCUCCUCUUCUUCCCAUCCAUUUUCUCAGUCUCUUUCCCUCCUCUUCUUCCCAUCCAUUUUCUCAGUCUCUUUCUCUCCUCUUCUUCCCAUCCAUUUUCUCAAUCUCUUUCCCUCCUCUUCUUCCCAUCCAUUUUCUCAGUCUCUUUCCCUCCUCUUCUUCCCAUCCAUUUUCUCAGUCUCUUUCCCUCCUCUUCUUCCCAUCCAUUUUCUCAGUCUCUUUCCCUCCUCUUCUUCCCAUCCAUUUUCUCAGUCUCUUUCUCUCCUCUUCUUCCCAUCCAUUUUCUCAAUCUCUUUCCCUCCUCUUCUUCCCAUCCAUUUUCUCAGUCUCUUUCCCUCCUCUUCUUCCCAUCCAUUUGCUCAGUCUCUUUCCCUCCUCUUCUUUCCAUCCAUUUUCUCAGUCUCUUUCCCUCCUCUUCUUCCCAUCCAUUUGCUCAGUCUCUUUCCCUCCUCUUCUUCCCAUCCAUUUUCUCAGUCUCUUUCCCUCCUCUUCUUCCCAUCCAUUUUCUCAGUCUCUUUCCCUCCUCUUCUUCCCAUCCAUUUUCUCAGUCUCUUUCCCUCCUCUUCUUCCCAUCCAUUUUCUCAAUCUCUUUCCCUCCUCUUCUUCCCAUCCAUUUUCUCAGUCUCUUUCCCUCCUCUUCUUCCCAUCCAUUUGCUCAAUCUCUUUCCCUCCUCUUCUUCCCAUCCAUGUUCUCAGUCUCUUUCCCUCCUCUUCUUCCCAUCCAUUUGCUCAAUCUCUUUCCCUCCUCUUCUUUCCAUCCAUUUUCUCAAUCUCUUUCCCUCCUCUUCUUCCCAUCCAUUUUCUCAAUCUCUUUCCCUCCUCUUCUUCCCAUCCAUUUUCUCAAUCUCUUUCCCUCCUCUUCUUCCCAUCCAUUUUCUCAAUCUCUUUCCCUCCUCUUCUUCCCAUCCAUUUUCUCAGUCUCUUUCCCUCCUCUUCUUCCCAUCCAUUUGCUCAAUCUCUUUCCCUCCUCUUCUUUCCAUCCAUUUUCUCAAUCUCUUUCCCUCCUCUUCUUCCCAUCCAUGUUCUCAAUCUCUUUCCCUCCUCUUCUUACCAUCAAUUUUCUCAGUCUCUUUCCCUCCUCUUCUUCCCAUCCUUUUGCUGAGUCUCUUUCCCUCCUCUUCUUCCCAUCCAUUUUCUCAGUCUCUUUCCCUCCUCUUCAUCCCAUCCAUUUGCUCAAUCUCUUUCCCUCCUCUUCUUCCCAUCCAUGUUCUCAGUCUCUUUCCCUCCUCUUCUUCCCAUCCAUUUGCUCAAUCUCUUUCCCUCCUCUUCUUUCCAUCCAUUUUCUCAGUCUCUUUCCCUCCUCUUCUUCCCAUCUAUUUUCUCAGUCUCUUUCCCUCCUCUUCUUCCCAUCCAUUUGCUCAAUCUCUUUCCCUCCUCUUCUUUCCAUCCAUUUUCUCAAUCUCUUUCCCUCCUCUUCUUCCCAUCCAUUUUCUCAAUCUCUUUCCCUCCUCUUCUUCCCAUCCAUUUUCUCAAUCUCUUUCCCUCCUCUUCUUCCCAUCCAUUUUCUCAGUCUCUUUCCCUCCUCUUCUUCCCAUCCAUUUUCUCAGUCUCUUUCCCUCCUCUUCAUCCCAUCCAUUUGCUCAAUCUCUUUCCCUCCUCUUCUUCCUAUCCAUGUUCUCAGUCUCUUUCCCUCCUCUUCUUCCCAUCCAUUUGCUCAAUCUCUUUCCCUCCUCUUCUUUCCAUCCAUUUUCUCAAUCUCUUUCCCUCCUCUUCUUCCCAUCCAUGUUCUCAAUCUCUUUCCCUCCUCUUCUUCCCAUCCAUUUUCUCAAUCUCUUUCCCUCCUCUUCUUCCCAUCCAUUUUCUCAGUCUCUUUCCCUCCUCUUCUUCCCAUCCAUUUGCUCAAUCUCUUUCCCUCCUCUUCUUUCCAUCCAUUUUCUCAAUCUCUUUCUCUCCUCUUCUUCCCAUCCAUUUUCUCAGUCUCUUUCCCUCCUCUUCUUCCCAUCCAUUUUCUCAGUCUCUUUCCCUCCUCUUCUUCCCAUCCAUUUGCUCAGUCUCUUUCCCUCCUCUUCUUUCCAUCCAUUUUCUCAGUCUCUUUCCCUCCUCUUCUUCCCAUCCAUUUGCUCAGUCUCUUUCCCUCCUCUUCUUCCCAUCCAUUUUCUCAGUCUCUUUCCCUCCUCUUCUUCCCAUCCAUUUGCUCAGUCUCUUUCCCUCCUCUUCUUCCCAUCCAUUUUCUCAGUCUCUUUCCCUCCUCUUCUUCCCAUCCAUUUUCUCGGUCUCUUUCCCUCCUCUUCUUCCCAUCCAUUUUCUCAGUCUCUUUCCCUCCUCUUCUUCCCAUCCAUUUUCUCAGUCUCUUUCCCUCCUCUUCUUCCCAUCCAUUUGCUCAGUCUCUUUCCCUCCUCUUCUUCCCAUCCAUUUUCUCAGUCUCUUUCCCUCCUCUUCAUCCCAUCCAUUUGCUCAAUCUCUUUCCCUCCUCUUCUUCCUAUCCAUGUUCUCAGUCUCUUUCCCUCCUCUUCUUCCCAUCCAUUUGCUCAAUCUCUUUCCCUCCUCUUCUUUCCAUCCAUUUUCUCAAUCUCUUUCCCUCCUCUUCUUCCCAUCCAUGUUCUCAAUCUCUUUCCCUCCUCUUCUUCCCAUCCAUUUUCUCAAUCUCUUUCCCUCCUCUUCUUCCCAUCCAUUUUCUCAGUCUCUUUCCCUCCUCUUCUUCCCAUCCAUUUGCUCAAUCUCUUUCCCUCCUCUUCUUUCCAUCCAUUUUCUCAAUCUCUUUCUCUCCUCUUCUUCCCAUCCAUUUUCUCAGUCUCUUUCCCUCCUCUUCUUCCCAUCCAUUUUCUCAGUCUCUUUCCCUCCUCUUCUUCCCAUCCAUUUGCUCAGUCUCUUUCCCUCCUCUUCUUCCCAUCCAUUUUCUCAGUCUCUUUCCCUCCUCUUCUUCCCAUCCAUUUUCUCAGUCUCUUUCCCUCCUCUUCUUCCCAUCCAUUUUCUCAGUCUCUUUCCCUCCUCUUCUUCCCAUCCAUUUUCUCAAUCUCUUUCCCUCCUCUUCUUCCCAUCCAUUUUCUCAGUCUCUUUCCCUCCUCUUCUUCCCAUCCAUUUGUUCAAUCUCUUUCCCUCCUCUUCUUUCCAUCCAUUUUCUCAAUCUCUUUCCCUCCUCUUCUUCCCAUCCAUGUUCUCAAUCUCUUUCCCUCCUCUUCUUCCCAUCCAUUUUCUCAGUCUCUUUCCCUCCUCUUCUUCCCAUCCAUUUUCUCAGUCUCUUUCCCUCCUCUUCUUCCCAUCUAUUUUCUCAGUCUCUUUCCCUCCUCUUCUUCCCAUCCAUUUGCUCAAUCUCUUUCCCUCCUCUUCUUCCCAUCCAUGUUCUCAGUCUCUUUCCCUCCUCUUCUUCCCAUCCAUUUGCUCAAUCUCUUUCCCUCCUCUUCUUCCCAUCCAUUUUCUCAAUCUCUUUCCCUCCUCUUCUUCCCAUCCAUUUUCUCAGUCUCUUUCCCUCCUCUUCUUCCCAUCCAUUUGCUCAAUCUCUUUCCCUCCUCUUCUUUCCAUCCAUUUUCUCAAUCUCUUUCCCUCUUCUUCUUCCCAUCCAUGUUCUCAAUCUCUUUCCCUCCUCUUCUUACCAUCAAUUUUCUCAGUCUCUUUCCCUCCUCUUCUUCCCAUCCUUUUGCUGAGUCUCUUUCCCUCCUCUUCUUCCCAUCCAUUUUCUCAGUCUCUUUCCCUCCUCUUCAUCCCAUCCAUUUGCUCAAUCUCUUUCCCUCCUCUUCUUCCCAUCCAUGUUCUCAGUCUCUUUCCCUCCUCUUCUUCCCAUCCAUUUGCUCAAUCUCUUUCCCUCCUCUUCUUUCCAUCCAUUUUCUCAGUCUCUUUCCCUCCUCUUCUUCCCAUCUAUUUUCUCAGUCUCUUUCCCUCCUCUUCUUCCCAUCCAUUUUCUCAGUCUCUUUCCCUCCUCUUCUUCCCAUCCAUUUGCUCAGUCUCUUUCCCUCCUCUUCAUCCCAUCCAUUUGCUCAAUCUCUUUCCCUCCUCUUCUUCCCAUCCAUGUUCUCAGUCUCUUUCCCUCCUCUUCUUCCCAUCCAUUUGCUCAAUCUCUUUCCCUCCUCUUCUUUCCAUCCAUUUUCUCAGUCUCUUUCCCUCCUCUUCUUCCCAUCUAUUUUCUCAGUCUCUUUCCCUCCUCUUCUUCCCAUCCAUUUGCUCAAUCUCUUUCCCUCCUCUUCUUCCCAUCCAUUUUCUCAAUCUCUUUCCCUCCUCUUCUUCCCAUCCAUUUUCUCAAUCUCUUUCCCUCCUCUUCUUCCCAUCCAUUUUCUCAGUCUCUUUCCCUCCUCUUCUUCCCAUCCAUUUGCUCAGUCUCUUUCCCUCCUCUUCUUCCCAUCCAUUUUCUCAGUCUCUUUCCCUCCUCUUCAUCCCAUCCAUUUGCUCAAUCUCUUUCCCUCCUCUUCUUCCUAUCCAUGUUCUCAGUCUCUUUCCCUCCUCUUCUUCCCAUCCAUUUGCUCAAUCUCUUUCCCUCCUCUUCUUUCCAUCCAUUUUCUCAAUCUCGUUCCCUCCUCUUCUUCCCAUCCAUGUUCUCAAUCUCUUUCCCUCCUCUUCUUCCCAUCCAUUUUCUCAAUCUCUUUCCCUCCUCUUCUUCCCAUCCAUUUUCUCAGUCUCUUUCCCUCCUCUUCUUCCCAUCCAUUUGCUCAAUCUCUUUCCCUCCUCUUCUUUCCAUCCAUUUUCUCAAUCUCUUUCUCUCCUCUUCUUCCCAUCCAUUUUCUCAGUCUCUUUCCCUCCUCUUCUUCCCAUCCAUUUUCUCAGUCUCUUUCCCUCCUCUUCUUCCCAUCCAUUUGCUCAGUCUCUUUCCCUCCUCUUCUUCCCAUCCAUUUUCUCAGUCUCUUUCCCUCCUCUUCUUCCCAUCCAUUUUCUCAGUCUCUUUCCCUCCUCUUCUUCCCAUCCAUUUUCUCAGUCUCUUUCCCUCCUCUUCUUCCCAUCCAUUUUCUCAAUCUCUUUCCCUCCUCUUCUUCCCAUCCAUUUUCUCAGUCUCUUUCCCUCCUCUUCUUCCCAUCCAUUUGCUCAAUCUCUUUCCCUCCUCUUCUUUCCAUCCAUUUUCUCAAUCUCUUUCCCUCCUCUUCUUCCCAUCCAUGUUCUCAAUCUCUUUCCCUCCUCUUCUUCCCAUCCAUUUUCUCAGUCUCUUUCCCUCCUCUUCUUCCCAUCCAUUUUCUCAGUCUCUUUCCCUCCUCUUCUUCCCAUCUAUUUUCUCAGUCUCUUUCCCUCCUCUUCUUCCCAUCCAUUUGCUCAAUCUCUUUCCCUCCUCUUCUUCCCAUCCAUGUUCUCAGUCUCUUUCCCUCCUCUUCUUCCCAUCCAUUUGCUCAAUCUCUUUCCCUCCUCUUCUUUCCAUCCAUUUUCUCAAUCUCUUUCCCUCCUCUUCUUCCCAUCCAUUUUCUCAAUCUCUUUCCCUCCUCUUCUUCCCAUCCAUUUUCUCAAUCUCUUUCCCUCCUCUUCUUCCCAUCCAUUUUCUCAGUCUCUUUCCCUCCUCUUCUUCCCAUCCAUUUGCUCAAUCUCUUUCCCUCCUCUUCUUUCCAUCCAUUUUCUCAAUCUCUUUCCCUCUUCUUCUUCCCAUCCAUGUUCUCAAUCUCUUUCCCUCCUCUUCUUACCAUCAAUUUUCUCAGUCUCUUUCCCUCCUCUUCUUCCCAUCCUUUUGCUGAGUCUCUUUCCCUCCUCUUCUUCCCAUCCAUUUUCUCACUCUCUUUCCCUCCUCUUCAUCCCAUCCAUUUGCUCAAUCUCUUUCCCUCCUCUUCUUCCCAUCCAUGUUCUCAGUCUCUUUCCCUCCUCUUCUUCCCAUCCAUUUGCUCAAUCUCUUUCCCUCCUCUUCUUUCCAUCCAUUUUCUCAAUCUCUUUCCCUCCUCUUCUUCCCAUCCAUGUUCUCAAUCUCUUUCCCUCCUCUUCUUCCCAUCCAUUUUCUCAGUCUCUUUCCCUCCUCUUCUUCCCAUCCAUUUUCUCAAUCUCUUUCCCUCCUCUUCUUUCCAUCCAUUUUCUCAAUCUCUUUCCCUCCUCUUCUUCCCAUCCAUGUUCUCAAUCUCUUUCCCUCUUCUUCCCAUCCAUUUUCUCAGUCUCUUUCCCUCCUCUUCUUCCCAUCCAUUUUCUCAGUCUCUUUCCCUCCUCUUCUUCCCAUCCAUUUUCUCAGUCUCUUUCCCUCCUCUUCUUCCCAUCCAUUUGCUCAAUCUCUUUCCCUCCUCUUCUUCCCAUCCAUGUUCUCAGUCUCUUUCCCUCCUCUUCUUCCUAUCCAUUUGCUCAAUCUCUUUCCCUCCUCUUCUUUCCAUCCAUUUUCUCGAUCUCUUUCCCUCCUCUUCUUCCCAUCCAUGUUCUCAAUCUCUUUCCCUCCUCUUCUUCCCAUCCAUUUUCUCAAUCUCUUUCCCUCCUCUUCUUCCCAUCCAUUUUCUCAGUCUCUUUCCCUCCUCUUCUUCCCAUCCAUUUGCUCAAUCUCUUUCCCUCCUCUUCUUCCCAUCCAUGUUCUCAAUCUCUUUCCCUCCUCUUCUUCCCAUCCAUUUGCUCAAUCUCUUUCCCUCCUCUUCUUUCCAUCCAUUUUCUCAAUCUCUUUCCCUCCUCUUCUUCCCAUCCAUGUUCUCAAUCUCUUUCCCUCCUCUUCUUCCCAUCCAUUUUCUCAAUCUCUUUCCCUCCUCUUCUUCCCAUCCAUUUUCUCGGUCUCUUUCCCUCCUCUUCUUCCCAUCCAUUUGCUCAAUCUCUUUCCCUCCUCUUCUUUCCAUCCAUUUUCUCAAUCUCUUUCCCUCCUCUUCUUCCCAUCCAUUUUCUCAGUCUCUUUCCCUCCUCUUCUUCCCAUCCAUUUUCUCAGUCUCUUUCCCUCCUCUUCUUCCCAUCCAUUUUCUCAGUCUCUUUCCCUCCUCUUCUUCCCAUCCAUUUUCUCAGUCUCUUUCCCUCCUCUUCUUCCCAUCCAUUUGCUUCGUCUCUUUCCCUCCUCUUCUUUCCAUCCAUUUUCUCAGUCUCUUUCCCUCCUCUUCUUCCCAUCCAUUUGCUCAGUCUCUUUCCCUCCUCUUCUUCCCAUCCAUUUUCUCAGUCUCUUUCCCUCCUCUUCUUCCCAUCCAUUUUCUCAGUCUCUUUCCCUCCUCUUCUUCCCAUCCAUUUUCUCAGUCUCUUUCCCUCCUCUUCUUCCCAUCCAUUUUCUCAGUCUCUUUCUCUCCUCUUCUUCCCAUCCAUUUUCUCAAUCUCUUUCCCUCCUCUUCUUCCCAUCCAUUUUCUCAGUCUCUUUCCCUCCUCUUCUUCCCAUCCAUUUGCUCAGUCUCUUUCCCUCCUCUUCUUUCCAUCCAUUUUCUCAGUCUCUUUCCCUCCUCUUCUUCCCAUCCAUUUGCUCAGUCUCUUUCCCUCCUCUUCUUCCCAUCCAUUUUCUCAGUCUCUUUCCCUCCUCUUCUUCCCAUCCAUUUUCUCAGUCUCUUUCCCUCCUCUUCUUCCCAUCCAUUUUCUCAGUCUCUUUCCCUCCUCUUCUUCCCAUCCAUUUGCUCAAUCUCUUUCCCUCCUCUUCUUUCCAUCCAUUUUCUCAGUCUCUUUCCCUCCUCUUCUUCCCAUCCAUUUGCUCAAUCUCUUUCCCUCCUCUUCUUUCCAUCCAUUUUCUCAAUCUCUUUCCCUCCUCUUCUUCCCAUCCAUGUUCUCAAUCUCUUUCCCUCCUCUUCUUCCCAUCCAUUUUCUCAAUCUCUUUCCCUCCUCUUCUUCCCAUCCAUUUUCUCAGUCUCUUUCCCUCCUCUUCUUCCCAUCCAUUUGCUCAAUCUCUUUCCCUCCUCUUCUUUCCAUCCAUUUUCUCAAUCUCUUUCUCUCCUCUUCUUCCCAUCCAUUUUCUCAGUCUCUUUCCCUCCUCUUCUUCCCAUCCAUUUUCUCAUCUCUUUCCCUCCUCUUCUUCCCAUCCAUUUUCUCAGUCUCUUUCCCUCCUCUUCUUCCCAUCCAUUUUCUCAGUCUCUUUCCCUCCUCUUCUUCCCAUCCAUUUUCUCAAUCUCUUUCCCUCCUCUUCUUCCCAUCCAUUUUCUCAGUCUCUUUCCCUCCUCUUCUUCCCAUCCAUUUGCUCAAUCUCUUUCCCUCCUCUUCUUUCCAUCCAUUUUCUCAAUCUCUUUCCCUCCUCUUCUUCCCAUCCAUGUUCUCAAUCUCUUUCCCUCCUCUUCUUCCCAUCCAUUUUCUCAGUCUCUUUUCCUCCUCUUCUUCCCAUCCAUUUUCUCAGUCUCUUUCCCUCCUCUUCUUCCCAUCUAUUUUCUCAGUCUCUUUCCCUCCUCUUCUUCCCAUCCAUUUGCUCAAUCUCUUUCCCUCCUCUUCUUCCCAUCCAUGUUCUCAGUCUCUUUCCCUCCUCUUCUUCCCAUCCAUUUGCUCAAUCUCUUUCCCUCCUCUUCUUUCCAUCCAUUUUCUCAAUCUCUUUCCCUCCUCUUCUUCCCAUCCAUUUUCUCAAUCUCUUUCCCUCCUCUUCUUCCCAUCCAUUUUCUCAAUCUCUUUCCCUCCUCUUCUUCCCAUCCAUUUUCUCAGUCUCUUUCCCUCCUCUUCUUCCCAUCCAUUUGCUCAAUCUCUUUCCCUCCUCUUCUUUCCAUCCAUUUUCUCAAUCUCUUUCCCUCCUCUUCUUCCCAUCCAUGUUCUCAAUCUCUUUCCCUCCUCUUCUUACCAUCAAUUUUCUCAGUCUCUUUCCCUCCUCUUCUUCCCAUCCUUUUGCUGAGUCUCUUUCCCUCCUCUUCUUCCCAUCCAUUUUCUCAGUCUCUUUCCCUCCUCUUCAUCCCAUCCAUUUGCUCAAUCUCUUUCCCUCCUCUUCUUCCCAUCCAUGUUCUCAGUCUCUUUCCCUCCUCUUCUUCCCAUCCAUUUGCUCAAUCUCUUUCCCUCCUCUUCUUUCCAUCCAUUUUCUCAAUCUCUUUCCCUCCUCUUCUUCCCAUCCAUGUUCUCAAUCUCUUUCCCUCCUCUUCUUCCCAUCCAUUUUCUCAGUCUCUUUCCCUCCUCUUCUUCCCAUCCAUUUUCUCAAUCUCUUUCCCUCCUCUUCUUUCCAUCCAUUUUCUCAAUCUCUUUCCCUCCUCUUCUUCCCAUCCAUGUUCUCAAUCUCUUUCCCUCUUCUUCCCAUCCAUUUUCUCAGUCUCUUUCCCUCCUCUUCUUCCCAUCCAUUUUCUCAGUCUCUUUCCCUCCUCUUCUUCCCAUCCAUUUUCUCAGUCUCUUUCCCUCCUCUUCUUCCCAUCCAUUUGCUCAAUCUCUUUCCCUCCUCUUCUUCCCAUCCAUGUUCUCAGUCUCUUUCCCUCCUCUUCUUCCUAUCCAUUUGCUCAAUCUCUUUCCCUCCUCUUCUUUCCAUCCAUUUUCUCGAUCUCUUUCCCUCCUCUUCUUCCCAUCCAUGUUCUCAAUCUCUUUCCCUCCUCUUCUUCCCAUCCAUUUUCUCAAUCUCUUUCCCUCCUCUUCUUCCCAUCCAUUUUCUCAGUCUCUUUCCCUCCUCUUCUUCCCAUCCAUUUGUUCAAUCUCUUUCCCUCCUCUUCUUCCCAUCCAUGUUCUCAGUCUCUUUCCCUCCUCUUCUUCCCAUCCAUUUGCUCAAUCUCUUUCCCUCCUCUUCUUUCCAUCCAUUUUCUCAAUCUCUUUCCCUCCUCUUCUUCCCAUCCAUGUUCUCAAUCUCUUUCCCUCCUCUUCUUCCCAUCCAUUUUCUCAAUCUCUUUCCCUCCUCUUCUUCCCAUCCAUUUUCUCGGUCUCUUUCCCUCCUCUUCUUCCCAUCCAUUUGCUCAAUCUCUUUCCCUCCUCUUCUUUCCAUCCAUUUUCUCAAUCUCUUUCCCUCCUCUUCUUCCCAUCCAUUUUCUCAGUCUCUUUCCCUCCUCUUCUUCCCAUCCAUUUUCUCAGUCUCUUUCCCUCCUCUUCUUCCCAUCCAUUUUCUCAGUCUCUUUCCCUCCUCUUCUUCCCAUCCAUUUUCUCAGUCUCUUUCCCUCCUCUUCUUCCCAUCCAUUUGCUCCGUCUCUUUCCCUCCUCUUCUUUCCAUCCAUUUUCUCAGUCUCUUUCCCUCCUCUUCUUCCCAUCCAUUUGCUCAGUCUCUUUCCCUCCUCUUCUUCCCAUCCAUUUUCUCAGUCUCUUUCCCUCCUCUUCUUCCCAUCCAUUUUCUCAGUCUCUUUCCCUCCUCUUCUUCCCAUCCAUUUUCUCAGUCUCUUUCCCUCCUCUUCUUCCCAUCCAUUUUCUCAGUCUCUUUCUCUCCUCUUCUUCCCAUCCAUUUUCUCAAUCUCUUUCCCUCCUCUUCUUCCCAUCCAUUUUCUCAGUCUCUUUCCCUCCUCUUCUUCCCAUCCAUUUGCUCAGUCUCUUUCCCUCCUCUUCUUUCCAUCCAUUUUCUCAGUCUCUUUCCCUCCUCUUCUUCCCAUCCAUUUGCUCAGUCUCUUUCCCUCCUCUUCUUCCCAUCCAUUUUCUCAGUCUCUUUCCCUCCUCUUCUUCCCAUCCAUUUUCUCAGUCUCUUUCCCUCCUCUUCUUCCCAUCCAUUUUCUCAGUCUCUUUCCCUCCUCUUCUUCCCAUCCAUUUUCUCAAUCUCUUUCCCUCCUCUUCUUCCCAUCCAUUUUCUCAGUCUCUUUCCCUCCUCUUCUUCCCAUCCAUUUGCUCAAUCUCUUUCCCUCCUCUUCUUUCCAUCCAUUUUCUCAAUCUCUUUCCCUCCUCUUCUUCCCAUCCAUGUUCUCAAUCUCUUUCCCUCCUCUUCUUCCCAUCCAUUUUCUCAGUCUCUUUCCCUCCUCUUCUUCCCAUCCAUUUUCUCAGUCUCUUUCCCUCCUCUUCUUCCCAUCUAUUUUCUCUGUCUCUUUCCCUCCUCUUCUUCCCAUCCAUUUGCUCAAUCUCUUUCCCUCCUCUUCUUUCCAUCCAUUUUCUCAAUCUCUUUCCCUCCUCUUCUUCCCAUCCAUUUUCUCAAUCUCUUUCCCUCCUCUUCUUCCUAUCCAUUUUCUCAAUCUCUUUCCCUCCUCUUCUUCCCAUCCAUUUUCUCAGUCUCUUUCCCUCCUCUUCUUCCCAUCCAUUUGCUCAAUCUCUUUCCCUCCUCUUCUUUCCAUCCAUUUUCUCAAUCUCUUUCCCUCCUCUUCUUCCCAUCCAUGUUCUCAAUCUCUUUCCCUCCUCUUCUUACCAUCCAUUUUCUCAGUCUCUUUCCCUCCUCUUCUUCCCAUCCUUUUGCUGAGUCUCUUUCCCUCCUCUUCUUCCCAUCCAUUUUCUCAGUCUCUUUCCCUCCUCUUCAUCCCAUCCAUUUGCUCAAUCUCUUUCCCUCCUCUUCUUCCCAUCCAUGUUCUCAGUCUCUUUCGCUCCUCUUCUUCCCAUCCAUUUGCUCAAUCUCUUUCCCUCCUCUUCUUUCCAUCCAUUUUCUCAAUCUCUUUCCCUCCUCUUCUUCCCAUCCAUGUUGUCAAUCUCUUUCCCUCCUCUUCUUCCCAUCCAUAUUCUCAAUCUCUUUCCCUCCUCUUCUUCCCAUCCAUUUUCUCAGUCUCUUUCCCUCCUCUUCUUCCCAUCCAUUUGCUCAAUCUCUUUCCCUCCUCUUCUUUCCAUCCAUUUUCUCAGUCUCUUUCCCUCCUCUUCUUCCCAUCCAUGUUCUCAAUCUGUUUCCCUCCUCUUCUUUCCAUCCAUUUUCUCAGUCUCUUUCCCUCCUCUUCUUCCCAUCCAUUUGCUCAAUCUCUUUCCCUCCUCUUCUUUCCAUCCAUUUUCUCAAUCUCUUUCCCUCCUCUUCUUCCCAUCCAUGUUCUCAAUCUCUUUCCCUCCUCUUCUUCCCAUCCAUUUUCUCAGUCUCUUUCCCUCCUCUUCUUCCCAUCCAUUUUCUCAGUCUCUUUCCCUCCUCUUCUUCCCAUCCAUUUUCUCAGUCUCUUUCCCUCCUCUUCUUCCCAUCCAUUUGCUCAAUCUCUUUCCCUCCUCUUCUUCCCAUCCAUUUUCUCAGUCUCUUUCCCUCCUCUUCUUCCUAUCCAUUUGCUCAAUCUCUUUCCCUCCUCUUCUUUCCAUCCAUUUUCUCUAUCUCUUUCCCUCCUCUUCUUCCCAUCCAUGUUCUCAAUCUCUUUCCCUCCUCUUCUUCCCAUCCAUUUUCUCAAUCUCUUUCCCUCCUCUUCUUCCCAUCCAUUUUCUCAGUCUCUUUCCCUCCUCUUCUUCCCAUCCAUUUGCUCAAUCUCUUUCCCUCCUCUUCUUCCCAUCCAUGUUCUCAGUCUCUUUCCCUCCUCUUCUUCCCAUCCAUUUGCUCAAUCUCUUUCCCUCCUCUUCUUUCCAUCCAUUUUCUCAAUCUCUUUCCCUCCUCUUCUUCCCAUCCAUGUUCUCAAUCUCUUUCCCUCCUCUUUUUCCCAUCCAUUGUCUCAAUCUCUUUCCCUCCUCUUCUUCCCAUCCAUUUUCUUAGUCUCUUUCCCUCCUCUUCUUCCCAUCCAUUUGCUCAAUCUCUUUCCCUCCUCUUCUUCCCAUCCAUUUUCUCAAUCUCUUUUCCUCCUCUUCUUCCCAUCCAUGUUCUCAAUCUCUUUCCCUCCUCUUCUUACCAUCCAUUUUCUCAAUCUCUUUCCCUCCUCUUCUUCCCAUCCAUUUUCUCAGUCUCUUUCCCUCCUCUUCUUCCCAUCCAUUUCCUCAGUCUCUUUCCCUCCUCUUCUUCCCAUCCAUUUUCUCAAUCUCUUUCCCUCCUCUUCUUCCCAUCCAUGUUCUCAGUCUCUUUCCCUCCUCUUCUUCCCAUCCAUUUGCUCAAUCUCUUUCCCUCCUCUUCUUCCCAUCCAUGUUCUCAGUCUCUUUCCCUCCUCUUCUUCCCAUCCAUUUGCUCAAUCUCUUUCCCUCCUCUUCUUCCCAUCCAUUUGCUCAAUCUCUUUCCCUCCUCUUCUUUCCAUCCAUUUUCUCAAUCUCUUUCCCUCCUCUUCUUCCCAUCCAUUUUCUCAGUCUCUUUCCCUCCUCUUCUUCCCAUCCAUUUUCUCAGUCUCUUUCCCUCCUCUUCUUCCCAUCCAUUUUCUUAGUCUCUUUCCCUCCUCUUCUUCCCAUCCAUUUGCUCAAUCUCUUUCCCUCCUCUUCUUUCCAUCCAUUUUCUCAAUCUCUUUUCCUCCUCUUCUUCCCAUCCAUGUUCUCAAUCUCUUUCCCUCCUCUUCUUACCAUCCAUUUUCUCAAUCUCUUUCCCUCCUCUUCUUACCAUCCAUUUUCUCAGUCUCUUUCCCUCCUCUUCUUCCCAUCCAUUUCCUCAGUCUCUUUCCCUCCUCUUCUUCCCAUCCAUUUUCUCAAUCUCUUUCCCUCCUCUUCUUCCCAUCCAUGUUCUCAGUCUCUUUCCCUCCUCUUCUUCCCAUCCAUUUGCUCAAUCUCUUUCCCUCCUCUUCUUUCCAUCCAUUUUCUCAAUCUCUUUCCCUCCUCUUCUUCCCAUCCAUUUUCUCAAUCUCUUUCCCUCCUCUUCUUCCUAUCCAUUUUCUCAAUCUCUUUCCCUCCUCUUCUUCCCAUCCAUUUUCUCAGUCUCUUUCCCUCCUCUUCUUCCCAUCCAUUUGCUCAAUCUCUUUCCCUCCUCUUCUUUCCAUCCAUUUUCUCAAUCUCUUUCCCUCCUCUUCUUCCCAUCCAUGUUCUCAAUCUCUUUCCCUCCUCUUCUUACCAUCCAUUUUCUCAGUCUCUUUCCCUCCUCUUCUUCCCAUCCUUUUGCUGAGUCUCUUUCCCUCCUCUUCUUCCCAUCCAUUUUCUCAGUCUCUUUCCCUCCUCUUCAUCCCAUCCAUUUGCUCAAUCUCUUUCCCUCCUCUUCUUCCCAUCCAUGUUCUCAGUCUCUUUCGCUCCUCUUCUUCCCAUCCAUUUGCUCAAUCUCUUUCCCUCCUCUUCUUUCCAUCCAUUUUCUCAAUCUCUUUCCCUCCUCUUCUUCCCAUCCAUGUUGUCAAUCUCUUUCCCUCCUCUUCUUCCCAUCCAUAUUCUCAAUCUCUUUCCCUCCUCUUCUUGCCAUCGAUUUUCUCAGUCUCUUUCCCUCCUCUUCUUCCCAUCCAUUUGCUCAAUCUCUUUCCCUCCUCUUCUUUCCAUCCAUUUUCUCAGUCUCUUUCCCUCCUCUUCUUCCCAUCCAUGUUCUCAAUCUGUUUCCCUCCUCUUCUUUCCAUCCAUUUUCUCAGUCUCUUUCCCUCCUCUUCUUCCCAUCCAUUUGCUCAAUCUCUUUCCCUCCUCUUCUUUCCAUCCAUUUUCUCAAUCUCUUUCCCUCCUCUUCUUCCCAUCCAUGUUCUCAAUCUCUUUCCCUCCUCUUCUUCCCAUCCAUUUUCUCAGUCUCUUUCCCUCCUCUUCUUCCCAUCCAUUUUCUCAGUCUCUUUCCCUCCUCUUCUUCCCAUCCAUUUUCUCAGUCUCUUUCCCUCCUCUUCUUCCCAUCCAUUUGCUCAAUCUCUUUCCCUCCUCUUCUUCCCAUCCAUUUUCUCAGUCUCUUUCCCUCCUCUUCUUCCUAUCCAUUUGCUCAAUCUCUUUCCCUCCUCUUCUUUCCAUCCAUUUUCUCUAUCUCUUUCCCUCCUCUUCUUCCCAUCCAUGUUCUCAAUCUCUUUCCCUCCUCUUCUUCCCAUCCAUUUUCUCAAUCUCUUUCCCUCCUCUUCUUCCCAUCCAUUUUCUCAGUCUCUUUCCCUCCUCUUCUUCCCAUCCAUUUGCUCAAUCUCUUUCCCUCCUCUUCUUCCCAUCCAUGUUCUCAGUCUCUUUCCCUCCUCUUCUUCCCAUCCAUUUGCUCAAUCUCUUUCCCUCCUCUUCUUUCCAUCCAUUUUCUCAAUCUCUUUCCCUCCUCUUCUUCCCAUCCAUGUUCUCAAUCUCUUUCCCUCCUCUUUUUCCCAUCCAUUGUCUCAAUCUCUUUCCCUCCUCUUCUUCCCAUCCAUUUUCUUAGUCUCUUUCCCUCCUCUUCUUCCCAUCCAUUUGCUCAAUCUCUUUCCCUCCUCUUCUUCCCAUCCAUUUUCUCAAUCUCUUUUCCUCCUCUUCUUCCCAUCCAUGUUCUCAAUCUCUUUCCCUCCUCUUCUUACCAUCCAUUUUCUCAAUCUCUUUCCCUCCUCUUCUUCCCAUCCAUUUUCUCAGUCUCUUUCCCUCCUCUUCUUCCCAUCCAUUUCCUCAGUCUCUUUCCCUCCUCUUCUUCCCAUCCAUUUUCUCAAUCUCUUUCCCUCCUCUUCUUCCCAUCCAUGUUCUCAGUCUCUUUCCCUCCUCUUCUUCCCAUCCAUUUGCUCAAUCUCUUUCCCUCCUCUUCUUCCCAUCCAUGUUCUCAGUCUCUUUCCCUCCUCUUCUUCCCAUCCAUUUGCUCAAUCUCUUUCCCUCCUCUUCUUCCCAUCCAUUUGCUCAAUCUCUUUCCCUCCUCUUCUUUCCAUCCAUUUUCUCAAUCUCUUUCCCUCCUCUUCUUCCCAUCCAUUUUCUCAGUCUCUUUCCCUCCUCUUCUUCCCAUCCAUUUUCUCAGUCUCUUUCCCUCCUCUUCUUCCCAUCCAUUUUCUUAGUCUCUUUCCCUCCUCUUCUUCCCAUCCAUUUGCUCAAUCUCUUUCCCUCCUCUUCUUUCCAUCCAUUUUCUCAAUCUCUUUUCCUCCUCUUCUUCCCAUCCAUGUUCUCAAUCUCUUUCCCUCCUCUUCUUACCAUCCAUUUUCUCAAUCUCUUUCCCUCCUCUUCUUACCAUCCAUUUUCUCAGUCUCUUUCCCUCCUCUUCUUCCCAUCCAUUUCCUCAGUCUCUUUCCCUCCUCUUCUUCCCAUCCAUUUUCUCAAUCUCUUUCCCUCCUCUUCUUCCCAUCCAUGUUCUCAGUCUCUUUCCCUCCUCUUCUUCCCAUCCAUUUGCUCAAUCUCUUUCCCUCCUCUUCUUUCCAUCCAUUUUCUCAAUCUCUUUCCCUCCUCUUCUUCCCAUCCAUUUUCUCGAUCUCUUUCCCUCCUCUUCUUCCCAUCCAUUUUCUCAGUCUCUUUCCCUCCUCUUCUUCCCAUCCACUUGCUCAAUCUCUUUCCCUCCUCUUCUUUCCAUCCAUUUUCUCAAUCUCUUUCCCUCCUCUUCUUCCCAUCCAUGUUCUCAAUCUCUUUCCCUCCUCUUCUUACCAUCCAUUUUCUCAAUCUCUUUCCCUCCUCUUCUUCCCAUCCAUUUUUUCAGUCUCUUUCCCUCCUCUUCUUCCCAUUCAUUUUCUCAGUCUCUUUCCCUCCUCUUCUUCCCAUCCAUUUUCUCAAUCUCUUUCCCUCCUCUUCUUCCCAUCCAUUUUCUCAGUCUCUUUCCCUCCUCUUCUUCCCAUCCAUUUGCUCAAUCUCUUUCCCUCCUCUUCUUUCCAUCCAUUUUCUCAAUCUCUUUCCCUCCUCUUCUUCCCAUACAUUCUCUUUCCCUCCUCUUCUUCCCAUCCAUUUGCUCAAUCUCUUUCCCACCUCUUCUUUCCAUCCAUUUUCUCAAUCUCUUUCCCUCCUCUUCUUCCCAUCCAUGUUCUCAAUCUCUUUCCCUCCUCUUCUUCCCAUCCAUUUUCUCAAUCUCUUUCCCUCCUCUUCUUCCCAUCCAUUUUCUCAGUCUCUUUCCCUCCUCUUCUUCCCAUCUAUUUGCUCAAUCUCUUUCCCUCCUCUUCUUCCCAUCCAUUUUCUCAAUCUCUUUCCCUCCUCUUCUUCCCAUCCAUUUUCUCAGUCUCUUUCCCUCCUCUUCUUCCCAUCCAUUUGCUCAAUCUCUUUCCCUCCUCUUCUUUCCAUCCGUUUUCUCAAUCUCUUUCCCUCCUCUUCUUCCCAUCCGUGUUCUCAAUCUCUUUCCCUCCUCUUCUUCCCAUCCAUUUUCUCAAUCUCUUUCCCUCCUCUUUUUCCCAUCCAUUUUCUCAGUCUCUUUCCCUCAUCUUCUUCCCAUCCAUUUGCUCAAUCUUUUUCCCUCCUCUUCUUUCCAUCCAUUUUCUUUAUCUCUUUCCCUCCUCUUCUUCCCAUCCAUGUUCUCAAUCUCUUUCCCUCCUCUUCUUCCCAUCCAUUUUCUCAAUCUCUUUCCCUCCUCUUCUUCCCAUCCAUUUUCUCAGUCUCUUUCCCUCCUCUUCUUCCCAUCCAUUUUCUCAAUCUCUUUCCCUCCUCUUCUUCCCAUCCAUUUUCUCAGUCUCUUUCCCUCCUCUUCUUCCCAUCCAUUUGCUCAAUCUCUUUCCCUGCUCUUCUUCCCAUCCAUGUGCUCAAUCUCCGUUCCAUGUCAGUACCAAUAAUUUCUUCUUGCCAUUCUUUUCUCCUCCCGCAGAAGCGAGUGGGACCAAGAUCCAAAACUGUGUGAGGGACGCUGCAGGCGGUGCAACCUGUGUGUGCAAGGCGGGCUAUCAGAGCAUCUCCGGCAAAUGUGUUGGCCCUACCACAUGUGGGAGCUGCCCUACAGGAGCCACAUGCACGGUUACUUCUAGCAAUGUGCCGUACUGCAUCUGUCCUCCCGGCUAUGGCAUGGGUUACUCGUCUUGCAUCAGCGGCGCCACCCCCACUGCCUCCUCCAGCAGCAUCACCUUCUACGAUCAGACCAACCACACCAUCACUCCCACCACCUACACCGUGCGCCUGCCAUACAACUCCUGCAGAAGCAUCCCUGCAGCCGUUGCCGAGCGCGCCUUGUCUCUCUGGCGUGUGAAUGGGGUUCCGGGUGGUGCGGGCAACUGUGCAUCGGUGUAUGGUUACACUCGGGAGAGCUGCCAGGGGCCUCCCACGUGGCUGCCUCUUGCCUCGAAUGGGACCGGAAUCAUUGCAGAAGGAGUCAUUGACUAUUCUCCAGUGGGGUCGUACCCUUACCACUCCUUCAGCUGUGUCCCUGUCGGUCCCUGUGCGGUCAAGGCCUGCAGCGCCAACAGCACGUGCGUUGUGAACAGCGGUGGAGUGGCGGCCUGUGUGUGUGAUGCAGGCUUCGUGCUGCAGGCCAAUGGCAGGACGUGCAUUGGACGUUGCGGGUGCAGUGACCUGUGUGUGCAAAUACGAGGUGGUGGGCGACAAGUGUGUUGGUACGUGAUACUCACCUCUCACCUCUCACCACUUCUCACCUCUCACCACUUCCCACCUCUCUCCACUUCUCACCUCUCACCACUUCUUACCUCUCACCACUUCUCACCUCUCACCACUUCUCACCUCUCUCCGCUUAUCACCUCUCACCGCUUCUCACCUCUCACCGCUUCUCACCUCUCUCCACUUAUCACCUCUCACCGCUUCUCACCUCUCACCGCUUCUCACCUCUCACCACUUCUCACCUCUCACCACUUCUCACCUCUCUCCACUUCUCACCUCUCACCGCUUCUCACCUCUCACCACUUCUCACCUCUUACCACUUAUCACCUCUCACCGCUUUUCACCUCUCACCACUUCUCACCUCUCACCACUUCUCACCUCUCUCCACUUAUCACCUCUCACCGCUUCUCACCUCUCACCGCUUCUCACCUCUCACCACUUCUCACCUCUCACCACUUCUCACCUCUCUCCACUUCUCACCUCUCACCGCUUCUCACCUCUCACCACUUCUCACCUCUUACCACUUAUCACCUCUCACCACUUCUCACCUCUCACCACUUCUCACCUCUCACCACUUCUCACCUCUCACCGCUUCUCACCUCUCACCACUUCUCACCUCUCACCACUUCUCACCUCUCUCCACUCUCACCUCUCACCACUUCUCACCUCUUACCACUUCUCACCUCUCACCACUUCUCACCUCUCACCACUUCUCACCUCUCUCCACUUCUCACCUCUCACCACUUCUCACCUCUCACCACUUCUCACCUCUCACCACUUCUCACCUCUCACCGCUUCUCACCUCUCACCACUUCUCACCUCUCUCCACUUCUCACCUCUCACCACUUCCCACCUCUCACCACUUCUCACCUCUCGGCACGUGAUUCUCACCUCUCUGGCCCUGGCCCACUCGACAGUCUGCUCUCGAAUGACUGCUCUGGCCUACCGCACAUACAGCACCACAUCGUCAGCUCACCCCACAUGAUCCCCCCCUCUCUCCCCCGCUCCUCCUGCCUCCCCACAGGCACCACCACGUGUGGGGCAUGCCCUGCAGGAGCUCUGUGCACUCCUCUCCCAUCGACCUGGCCUUCUUACUGCAUGUGCGCUCCUGGUUACGGCAUGACCAGCACUGGAUGCAUGCAAGGCGCCACCCCCACCGUCUCCUCUACAAGCUUCACCUUCUAUGAUCAGCCCAACUUCACCAUCACUCGCUUCACAUCCACCAUGCGGGUCAACUGGGAUGGCUGCACCGACAUCACUCUCCCCCGCGCCAAUGAUGUCCAGUCGUACACCCGCAUAGAGCAUGCUCCUGGAGGGGUGGGGAAUUGCACAAAUGUGUGUGCGUACUAUGGGUAUGGGUGUGCUGGAGCGUGCAAUUCGUUGUUCAGCUUGGCGGGCUCACCACAGAUCGGCGUGUGGACCAUCCCGUGA